GGGUGUCCGCGGGCUGCGGGCCUCCGCGGGCGGCUCUGCGGCUUCGCGGGCUGCGGGGCGGGGCUCGGAGGCGGCGGCGGGUCGGGGGCCGGUAGGACGCGGACGCCCUUGGCCAGCGCGGCCCGGACGGGCGCGCGGAGGGAGGCCGAGCUGGCGCAGCCCGGACCGUGACGGGCGCGGCCCCGGCCAUUACUGCGCAGGCCGGCCUGCGGGCAGCGCUGCCCGGCUCGGCCGGGCCUCGGUCGGCCCCGGGCUGCACUCUCGUCUGCCGCCUGCCCUGCUGCCGCCGCUGCUGCAGCAGCCACUGCUGCUGCUGCUGAGCCUCUGGGUCGUGCCCAGCGUCCCGAGCUGUCCCCUCUUCCUUGCGCUGGCGGAAGCGGCCGAGUGUUCUUGUUUUGAUGGCUACCAGAACCCGAAACCACCGGGAGGUGUCGGAAUACGCUUCGGGCCUCCCAACCCCGGUGCAUCUUGAGAGCCCAGGCUGACGCUUUGUUCUGGUUGCUGGGUGCCGAGUCCUCUCCCUUGCCCUGCACCCCAUCCGAGAGUGCACGGGAUUCCCAUUGUUGUCGCUGUCUUGUUUGCCUGGACGUUUUUAUUUUAGAGAAAGAGGGCUGUAUCACAUUGUGAGGAUGUGGAAAUGGAACCGUCCUCUGGUUAGCACAGAGAAUGAAACAGCAGUGGAAGAAAAAAAUCCUCCAAGUUGGCUGACAAUCAGUAAAGAAGAUGUUUUCUUUUCAUGAUCAGUGCCUCUGGGAUCUGUGAUAGAAAUGAUGGCUGGCUGUGGUGAAAUUGACCACUCAAUAAAUAUGCUUCCUACAAAUAAGAAGGCGAAUGAGUCCUGUUCUAAUACUGCACCUUCUCUGACAGUUCCUGAGUGUGCCAUUUGUCUACAAACGUGUGUUCAUCCAGUCAGUCUACCCUGUAAGCAUGUGUUCUGUUAUCUGUGUGUAAAGGGCGCUUCAUGGCUUGGGAAACGAUGUGCUCUUUGUCGACAAGAGAUCCCUGAGGAUUUUCUUGACAAGCCAACCUUGUUGUCACCAGAAGAACUUAAGGCUGCAAGUCGAGGAAAUGGUGACUAUGCCUGGUAUUACGAAGGAAGAAACGGGUGGUGGCAGUAUGAUGAGCGCACCAGUCGGGAGCUGGAAGAUGCGUUUUCCAAAGGUAAAAAGAGCACGGAAAUGUUGAUUGCUGGAUUUCUCUAUGUUGCUGAUCUUGAAAAUAUGGUUCAGUAUAGGAGAAAUGAACACGGACGCCGCAGGAAGAUUAAGCGAGAUAUAAUAGAUAUACCAAAGAAGGGAGUAGCUGGACUUAGGCUGGACUGUGACACUAGUACUGUAAAUAUAGCCAGAGAGAGCUCUGCCGAUGGUGCGGACAGUGUAUCAGCACAGACUGGAGCUUCUGUUCAGCUUCCGGUGCCAUCUUCUACAAGGCCCCUUACAUCAGUUGAUGGUCAGUUAACCAGCCCUGUAACACCAUCCCCUGAUGCAGGCACUUCUCUGGAAGACUCUUUUGCUCAUUUACAACUCAGUGCAGACAGCAUAGCUGAAAGGAGCCACAGAGGUGAAGGCGAAGAAGAUCGAGAAUCACCGUCUUCUGGCAGAAUACCGGAUACCUCUGUGGAAGAGACCCAAUCUGAUGCCAGUAGUGAGAGUGAGGAUGCCGCCGUGGUUGUUGCACAGCACCCCUUGCCCCAGCAGAGACUUUUGGUUUCCAGUACAAACCAGACAGUAGCUGAACAAUCAGACCGAUCAGGAACUGACCGAUCAGUAGCAGGGGGUGGGACCAUUAGUGUCAAUGUCAGAUCCCGAAGACCGGAUGGACAGUGCACAGUGACAGAAGUUUAAACAAAUGUCUUCAGCGUCACACUCAAGGGUGAAACGGAUACCUGUAAAUUUCUGCCCACAUAACAGUAUACUCAUCCUUAGUAGUGCACUGCGGGAGUUGGGGUGGGAAGGGAUAUGGGAAGGACAGACCUGAAAUUAAAAUGUCUAACAUGUCUCCGCUGAAAUUUAUUUAAUGUGAGGAGUUGGGGUGUUGAUAGUUGAGAGCUGUUCAGUCAGUAAGAACAAACACUUUUCUUGACAUCUGUUUACUUUAUAGUGUAUUUUUUUUUAACUCUUUAGUUCUUUUGGCCAGUGUGUACCUGUGCAUUAACAGUCCUCAUCUGACUCUUGCACUACUUUAUUUUUCUGCAUGGAUUGGUAUAAAUCAUUACUAAAAUUUGGCACCUGUGAGAUAGUUGAUAUCACUAUGAACAGGAAGCUUACUAUGAGAACUAGACGACUAACACCUCCUUUAUGGUUGGUCUUACCGAGCUAGGAAUGUAAAGCUGCAGCUGAUAUGUUGUUUCAGAAUCUGUAACACUUCAUGGCGUUCCUUUCCAUAAGAUUUGCUGUCCUGUCCUUGUACUUUGAGGUUUCGCUUAGUCUGCAUUUUUCUUUUUGAUUAAGAAAACUUUAUAAUUUAAUAAAUACUAGAGUUUAUCAAAAA